AUGCAGGAACUGCAUCGCGAGGAUGCCUUGCAAAAGAUUGUUGCCAAACUCAAGAGAACCUACAUUCGAACCACCAGGAACGACGAAGACGGCAACGAUGACGACAAUAGCGCAAAGAAGAAUCAUCAAGUAAGCCCUGUUGCGAGUGUGACUACACGGGGGAGCAGUGACAGUAGCAAAAAACCUCCCCCCAGAGCUGCCAAGUCAUUACCCAACCAUUUUCAUUUCGGAGCCAAAACAACACCCCCCAGAGCUGCCAAAACAUCACCGGACAAGUAUGGGGCAAGUGCAUGCAUUGAUGAUUUUUCAAUAAGACCAAAUGACGUUGUUUGUGGCUUUGGGCUGGGUCGGUUUAACAAAGCAAAAGGCAAUGUCUUGUGCAUGACUCUCAUAGUUGAGCACCUGGAAGACUACUGUGAUCCGGACAUUACCAAGGAAGAAAAGAAUGACAUCUUGGACACAAUUUACAGCACUCUCACUAGUGGCAAUGGUCGUUUCAUUGAUUUCCAAAACAAAAUGGAGCUCUCCCGUGAUGAUGCACUUCAAAGACUCAAAAACAAAAUGCAAUGGGCACGUUGGCAACGGAACAGCGACCGCACGGCACGAGCACAAGAAGCGGUAGCUGCAGAGUUGCCAUCUGGCACAACCAUCCAAGAUUUAUCUGCUCAGGUCAAGGUUGGCUCCCAAGUGGCUGUUUUCUGGCCGGAAGAUGAUCAAUACUAUGCCGCCACUGUCGUGGAGCACCGUGAUUCGUCUACUCACAGGAAACCCUUAUAUAUUGAAUACGAUGAUGGUGAUGCUGAAUGGAUUGACCUGUCCGAGCAUGUGUUUCGACCGAUUGGGUUUGGCGAAGUCAGCAAUGGCACCGGUAGCAUUCGAGCCGUUUUUGCUGAGAACGAGAACACUGCCACAAAUCAAACAGAAGAGAGAGAAAGAACUGAUGUGUGUAAUGAUACAGAAGCAAAUGGCAAUGUGGAAGAUGCAGUCAAUGAUGCCAAACCAGGAGCAGAGGGAGGGCCAGGAUGGUCCGAACCUUCAAAUGAGCAAUUGACGGUUGCAAGUGAUGGCCAAGCUGCUCCAGCAAUUCUGGUCAGUCCCUGGCGUCUCAUCAGAGGAACAAUGGACGAGAAGCAUGCCUGUAGAUUGCUGCAAGGCUCGUGUCCAGGCGAAGAACCACAAGACGAAGUUGUGCAGAAUCUUUUACAGGACCUGAAAAACGAACGCCAGGAGCUCAAGGAUUGGGCUAAAGACAAAAUCAAGGCCAAAAUGGUUGAAAAAGCGCAAACUCUCUACGGGCUGGAGGCUAUAAGUUCCUUUGAUGACGUGGUUCAAGCAUGGGUACAUGAUUCAUCACCUGAAAAUCAACUGAAGAUGCAUGCCAUCAUUCAUGGACAAUUCACCGGUAACUCUGCACAGAUAGCUCGGCUGCCCAUUCCAUGGGUCCUGCAAAUGGAGCGGGUCUACAUGGAGAAGAAGGGUGUGUGCUAUGACAACGUUUGCGACGAUGUACAAGCACAAUGCUCUGCAGCUAGCUUUCGUCGUCGUCAUGGAACUGGGUAUGUGUACGAUAUCAUUGCACUGCAGCUCAACUAUCAACAGAAUGCAGUCAAGUUAAGGGGCAAAGCCAAGCAUGGUUUGUACCUGACAUCAUAUCUGAAGGAUGUUGGCUACAAUGAGCCCCCUGGGAGAAAACGACACGCCUCAAAGAGUGAGUCGGACUUUGGGAAGGAAGCAAAAGCUGCCAAGGUCGCUGGUGAGACGGUGAAUACUGGGGGAGAAGAGACUCCAUCCAAAGCAGUAACAACAGAAGAUGAUGAAAAGAAUCGGGAGAAGUCACCUGAAAGAGCGUCAGCCAAGAUGGUGGAAAAGCAAACAACAACAGGUUGCGAUGACUCACUCAACAAACAAGGCCACCAAACCACCGAGGUGAUUGCAGAGAGCUUAAGCAAGGUCGAAUCACCUAUCAGUGCAUCAACAUCAUGCACAACACCUGACCAAACCACCAAGGUGAUUGCAGGGAGCUUAAGCAAGGUCGAAUCACCUAUCAGUGCAUCAACAUUAUGCACAACACCUGACCAAACCACCAAGGUGAUUGCAGGGAGCUUAAGCAAGGUCGAAUCACCUAUCAGUGCAUCAGCAUCAUGCACAACACCUGAAUAUGGUGCGCCUGGAGAAGGAGCCAGUGGUGCCUUGGUCAGCAACAUUGAAGCUGUAAUUCAGAAGGUGGCUGUAAGUCGAAAUCGGCUUCUCAAAACCUCAAUGGGUGAAGAGCAUGCAAUACAGUUCUUGACUGGUUUGAUUUUCCCCAAUGCUGAGGCCAAGAGGGAUGCAACCAAACAGCUGCUAGAGCAGUUGCAUGAUGAGCGACAUGCCAUUAAGGCAUGGGCCAAGAAUGAGAUAGAGGGGGCUAUGGUUGAAAAAGCAUGCGAGCUUGGGUUUGACAAAGUCACCACGUAUGAUGAUUUGGUGCAGUCCUGGAUGGGUGAUGCAUCCGCAGAAAACCAAAAAUGGAUCCAAUUGGUCAUGUAUGAGCUAUGUUCAGUGGGUAGUGAUAACACAAAACCCCACAAGCCCAUACAAUGGGUGCUUCAGAUGGCUGACAGAUUCAUGGAAGAGAACCAUCUGGUGUACUCAGAAGCCAAUGGCAACAUCCACACAACGUCACAGCAUGGAUAUGUUUAUGACAUUGUUUCAGUUGCACUUGAUGAAAUCAGGCAAGAGGUCAAGAUGCGUGGGAAGAAACAACAUGGAGGUUGGUUGGAUCCUCCAAAACCUUCAGUCAAGACGGGCACCAAUCUUGAUGCAGAGGCCAAUGUUCCCGAUGAGCAAUUCUCACAGCCAAAUACUACUGUGGCACAUUGUCAUUCCAGGCCAGUCCUUCCGGAAUCUUCCACCUCCACAUCUUCAUCGGAACUUGCCAAUUCCACAAGGGAUAUGAUUGGAGAUACAACAACAAACACCUUGCCAAGGAGGGUUGCCAAUCAUUCAAAGAGCAAAGCAGCCUUGCCAUUGCCAAUGAAUCAGAAUGAUGUGGUCGCUCCAUCGAGUUAUGUGAUACAACGAAAAGCACAGGAUGCUGGGAAACAACUGGCAACUGUUCCAUUAGGAUCUGGAAAGCCUGAAGUUUCUGCUGAUUGGUCCUCACCUGUGGAGGAAGCAACAAUGGCUUUGCAGUUGCAGGUUAGGCAGAGGGAGACACAUCAGCAACAGAAGAACUGGAGUCUGAAAGAGGUGGUUGUGGUGGCUGGACUUUGUCUGGCAAUAGCUGUGAUCCCAGCAGUGAAAUUUCUUUUGAAGAAUGGAUAG